AUUCAUUUCAUUAUCUCAUCAAUCGUUUGGACUUUUAAUUAUGUUUUAAUUUAAAUUAUAUCUCAAUUAAAGUUUGAAUGUCUUUGGCUUUUAUGUUGACAUCGAAAUGAAGUGUAUUUUGAGAUGAAGACAAUGUCCAACAUUUCCAUCCCAUUAGUUUCGGGAGCGAUGGCCGGGAUGUGCGUUGACUUAACACUCUUUCCCAUUGACACCAUUAAGACACGGAUCCAAAGCGACGCCGGCUUCUGGAAGUCCGGUGGCUUUCGGCGCAUUUACUCCGGCCUCUCGUCAGCUAUGGUUGGAUCCGCACCUAAUGCGGCGCUAUUCUUCUGCGCUUACGAGACUUCGAAGAGUACUUUAAAGACAUAUAUGUCUGAAAGAUAUGAUCCCAUCAUUCAUAUGGUGUCCGCUUCCGCUGGAGAAGUGACGGCGUGUUUAAUACGAGUGCCGACAGAAGUGGUCAAACAGAGAGCUCAGGCCUCCAAUAUGUCCAGCAGUUUAAUAUUGAGGACAACUAUCUCUCGGGAAGGGUUUAGUGGUUUAUAUCGCGGAUAUUUGAGUACAAUUGUACGCGAAAUACCAUUUUCUUUGAUACAGUUUCCCGUUUGGGAAGUGCUUAAAAAGAAAUGGUCAACACAUCAGGGAAUGCCUUUAAAUCCCAUACAAUCGACUGUUUGCGGCGCAACGGCCGGUGGUUUGGCCGCCCUAUUGACCACUCCAUUAGAUUUGGCCAAAACUCGCAUAAUGUUGGCCGAGAGGGGCAAAGCGUUCUCAUUCAUUGAUAUUGUGGUCGUUCUUAAAGACAUUUACCAAAGAAAUGGAUUUAUUGGUUUAUGGUCCGGUGCUGUUCCCCGAGUGACUCAAAUAUCAAUCGGUGGCGCAAUAUUCCUCGGCGGUUACGACAUUAUCUCAACGUUUUUAAAGAGUUUAUGAUUAGAUAUUUUAAAAUUUAUAAAGUACUAUUUAUAUUAUAUUUGUAAUAUUUUAUAUAAUCAUUAGUUGUUUAUUAAUUAGUCAAUAUUCUAGGAAUAAUUAGUCAUUUGUUUUGUAUAAAAAUGAUUUUGUAACUAAAAUUAGUAAUUUUACUUGAAUGUUAUCACCACUGGUCCACAUACCUGUCCAUUACUACCCCAAUUAGAGCAAAAACCAUUUAUCACAAUUAUAAAUUAAAAGUAACUUUUAUUAAACUAUUGAGUAUUGAGUUAAAAUCA